AUGGCAAAAGAAGCCCAAUUCAGGGCGUAUGAUCUCUCAGGCAAGAACCCACACAAUCUCCCCUCUCCGCCUGCGAAAACGAACCAGCAUCGAUUUGACAAGGAAGAGCGGUCGGCGAGCGUCAAGCCUGCCAAAGUUACCAAAAGCAAGAAGGCCAAAAGCUCGUCUAAGAAAUCAACGGCCGACGUCCUGCGCAACGAACUGGAGUACGGAUGCCACUAUUGUGACAGCGACGACGACGACCAGCAAUGCGGGAUCGCUUGCUAUCGAGACUUUCGAAAGCAAUGCAAGGAAAAGGCCGCCAAAGUCCAAAUUAGAGGCCCUGGUCGAACCGGAUACGGCGUUUACAGCAAAGUGACGAUCGAGAAGGACGAGAAGCUGGACGAGUAUCUAGGUGAGCUGCGACCGAAAAAUUCUAGGCCCCAGACUCUCGACUCGAUGUAUGUCUUUGAGUUCAAGCAUUGCUUCAUCGAUGCUGAAAAGCACGGGAACUGGACGCGCUAUGUCAACUCGUCUUGCGAUCCGAACUUGAUCGUUGAUAGCUGUCAUGUGGGCAAGCGGCGUGUACUCAUCUUCCGUGCCGAACGCGAGAUCGUGGCGGACGAAGAGCUGACCUUCAACUAUAAGAGAGGGUACUUUGCUGAAGCCAGAGGAGGAGGGGGAGGAGGAGGAGAACGAGGGCAAGGCGAAAAUACCGGCAAAGAAGCCGGUGAAGAAGAAGACGAAGAAGACAACGACGAAAGCAGCGAAGAAUACUACGACGAAAGUAGCGAAGAAGACAGCGCAGAAGUCCAUAAAGGCUGGCUCCAAAAGGUGAGAUGCAACAGACCUGGAUUUGAGGUUGAGCUUCUAUCACAGCUAUCCCUCGCAGGUGUCCUUCGUGUUUAG